AGGCCUCUGUGGCCUCUUGCUGGCUGGGAAGUCCUGUUCUCCGGCCUGAGUUCGUAGAGGUCCAGGGGCCGACUGAGAGGGUCUUGGGCGGGGCCGGGCUCCUCUUCCCGGUGAGCAGGUGGCCUGCAGGGGCCCCACGCCGGCGCUGGCAGCCAUGGUGCGCAACGUGGACGACCUGGACUUCCACGUGCCAUCGCACGCCCAGGACAUGCUGGACGGCCUGCAGCGGCUGCGCUCCCAGCCCAGGCUGGCCGACGUCACGCUGCUGGUGGGUGGCCGGGAGCUGCCCUGCCACCGCGCCCUCCUGGCGCUGAGCAGCCCCUACUUCCAGGCCAUGUUUGCGGGCGACUUUGCCGAGAGUUACGCGGCGCGCGUGGAGCUGCGGGACAUGGAGCCCGCCGUGGUGGGCCAGCUGGUGGACUUCGUGUACACGGGCCGGCUGACCAUCACGCAGGGCAACGUGGAGGCGCUGACGCGCACGGCCGCGCGCCUGCACUUCCCCGCCGUGCAGAAGGUGUGCGGCCGCUACCUGCAGCAGCAGCUGGACGCCACCAACUGCCUGGGCAUCUGCGAGUUCGGGGAGCAGCAGGGGCUGCUGGGCGUGGCCGCCAAGGCCUGGGCCUUCCUGCGGGAGAACUUCGAGGCCGUGGCCCAGGAGGACGAGUUCCUGCAGCUGCCCCGGGACCGGCUGGCCACCUGCCUGGCCAGCGAGCUGCUGCAGGUGCAGCCGGAGCAGAGCCGCCUGGAGGCCCUGCUGCGCUGGGCGCGUCACGACCCCCAGGCCCGGGCCGCCCACCUGCCCGAGCUGCUGGGCCUGGUGCGCCUGGACGCUGUGCCCAGGCCCCGCGUGCAGCAGCUGCUGGCCACAGAGCCGCUGCUCCGGGGCUCGGAGGCGUGUCAGGCGGCCCUGGCGCAGGGCCACGAUGAGGCGCCGCCCCCCGCCCCGCAGACGCUGCAGGAGGUCCUGGUGGUGGUGGGCGGCCUGGCGCUGGAGGACGAGGAGGGCGCCGAGCAGCCCACCCCGCACCCCAGGAACUUCGCCUUCUACAACACCAAGGCCAGGCGGUGGCUGGCGCUCCCGGACUUCCCUGACUACCACAAGUGGGGCUUCUCCCUGACGGCGCUGAGCAACACGGUCUAUGUCACAGGUGGCUCCCGGGGCACCAAGACAGACAGCUGGUCAACCACCCAGGCCUGGUGCUUCCCGCUCAAGGAAGCGGCCUGGAGGCCAGUGGCACCCAUGCUGAAGGCCCGCACCAACCACGCCAGCGUGGCACUCAACGGGGAGAUCUAUGCCAUCGGCGGGACCACCCUGGACGUGGUGGAGGUAGAGAGCUACGACCCCUACACAGACACCUGGACGCCCAUCAGCCCGGCCCUCAAGUACGUGAGCAACUUCUCGGCGGCCGCCUGCUGCGCCAGGCUCUACCUGGUGGGCUCCAGCGCCUGCAAGUACAACGCCCUGGCCCUGCAGUGCUACAGCCCGGUGACAGGUGGGGGCCUGCGGCGCUACAGCCCGGUGACAGACUCGUGGAGCGUGAUCGCCUCGCCCUUCCUCCCCAAGUACCUGUCUUCCCCGCGCUGCGCCGCGCUGCAGGGGGCCCUCUACCUGGUCGGCGACAACACCAAGAAGGUCUACAUGUAUGACCCCGGGGCCAACCUGUGGCAGAAGGUGCAGUCCUUGCACAGCCUGCACGAGAACGGUGCGCUGGUGCCACUGGGCGACGCGCUGUACCUGACGGGGGGCCGCUGGCAGGGCAUGGACGGCGACUACCACGUGGAGAUGGAGGCCUACGACCGUGGGCAGGACACCUGGACCCGCCACGGCGCACUGCCCCGCCUCUGGCUCUACCACGGGGCCUCUGCCGUCUUCCUGGACGUCUCCAAGUGGACCCAGCCCUUCAGCCCUGCCCAGGAGCACUGAGCAGCUCUUCCUCGGGGGCUGGGGGGCUGGCUGAGCACCCCCACCCAGGGGUGGCGCCCCUUGGUGUGGUGCCUGUCUGUCCACCUGGUUCUGCACCUCCAGGGACAUCAGAGGACAUGGCCUUGGUCCCCACAGCCACCGCACGAACUCCCAACUGCCCGGCCGCAAGGGCUUGAACUCUGGCCUUCCUACCCACGGGGUGUCUGGGGCCUCACACAGAGGAGCCCGGGGGCCUGGGGGAAGCACGGGGAGGUCGCCCAGAUCCUGCUGCCCCAGCCGUGUCCCGGCGGCAGCUUCUGGGAGCUGCAUCACAGAGCGAGGGGCCCUGGGGUGGGAUCUGCACCCGGCGUCUGCGGGCCUGCUUCGGCCUGGCCCUCAGCUGUGUGACCCUGGCUGGCCGCUGCCCCUCCCUGGGCCUCAGGCUCCGCGUCCGUGACGCGUUGCGAAGGGAGGAGGCAGGGCAGGGGCCCAGGAGGGCUGAGGAAGAGACGGUGAGCAAAGGCUUCCCGGCCGGUGAAGGAGGCGGUGCUCCAGGGCUGGGCUUUCCCCUAUUUCUUGGGGUGGUUCGCCCCCAUGAGGCAGUGAGAGCCCCAGCAGCAGACCCAGGAGGGGAAAGGUGGGGGUCCUGCGGGGAUUCUAGGGAUGCUCUUGUGUGCUCCCAGGUGGCUUCCUGAGCGAGGGGAGUGCCCCAUGGGCCCCCGCCAGCCUGUGCUGUGACUCAGGUGCCUCGGGUCUGCCCCAGAGCACCGCGAGUCUGACUGGGGCCCCACGCAGACCUGGUUCAAGCCCCCUCCUCCUCCUCCUCACUGGCCCUCAACACGGCCUCACAUUGACGGCUGCUCCCUGGGGGCUCAGUGGCCCUCCCCCUUGUCACCAGCUUCAUCAAGGGACCCAUGACCAGGACCACAAGUCGGGGGUCCUAGGUCUGGCCUGGCUCUGGCCCUGGCACUGAGUGUCUGAGGCCCGGGGGACCCCCCCACCUCCCUCUGGACCUGGGUUUUCUAUUUUGAAACCCACUGGGCACAAGAGGGCUCCGAGGAAGGAAUCGCUGGUCCCUCCACGUCCGUUUUGCUCCCAGACCUGGCUCCUCACACAGUUUCUUUCGGGAGAAUUGCAUUUGUCUCCCGGGGCAGAGGCAGAGCAGGGCCUGCUGGACACCCACUUCCCCAGGAGCAAGGGCCCAGCUCCGAGGACGCCCAGUCAGCGGGGGGGGGGGGGGGGGGGGGGGGGGGGGGGGGGGGGGUGGACGGCAUGAACAUGAAGGCCCCUGGGCUUCUUGAACCUUCCCUACGAGAAUCUUCUGAAAUGGCUCCCGAUCGGUUGGUGCAGAUCCUCGGCCAAACACUCUCAAAACAAAGACUCGACCUGUCAAAUGGGCUUCCUUCUAUCACAGCGGGGGCGUUGGAAGGCGGUAUCUUAGAACGAGGCCCGCCUCUGCUCCUGCCCACAGGGCGACACGGGGAAGCUCCUGGGGGGGGCAGGCCUGGUCCUCAGCCUGCUGGUGCCAAACUGCCCCCAUCUGAUGAGCUGAGCUGCCCCUGUCCGGAGCACCUGGGUCAGGCCAGUGGUGUCCUCAGGGUCACCGGAGGACACGGAUGAGUCUUUGAAUGGAGUGACGGGGGACCUGUUAACCACCGAGGGCUCCUUCCGAGGCGAAGGCAGGAAGGACGGGCUUUGGCGAGGGGCAAAGGGGCUCCUGGCGGGGAGUCCAGCGACAGUGGGGAGCCGUCACCUGCCCUCUGCCCCCAGGGACAUGGCAAGGAGCAGACACAGCCUCCAGGCAGAGAGCUGGUGGGAGAGGGUGCCGAGGACCGGGGGCCUUUGCUAAAGAGACUGUGCCGCUGUCCCUUGUGGCCCCGUGGGGACGAAGUGGCAGGACAGAUACGCUGACCUCACUCUGCUGCCUCCUGGGGGUGCCUCCCGCUGGCCAGAUCCAACCAGAAUCAGAGGGAGAACGGGCCGUUGGCAGAGAGCAGGCGGAGACGGGAGCCAGGAUGGGCAGACGGGAGAUGUCCAUCAUGCGGCCGCCACACUCGGGGGUUCUCAUGGGGACAGACACUAACGUACGUUCACACGAGGCUUGUCUGUGGGGCAACCCGGCCUUGCUCUUCCCUUCUUUGGGAAACAAGGGCGCAUCGGGUUGGGGGCCAGUGGGGACUUCUAGAAAGGAGAACGGAUAACCUUGGAACAGGUGCCAAAGCCUGCUGAACUCUCGGGCCCACGAGAGUGAGACCACCUGCCCCCAGGCGGGUGCGCGCUGUCCUUCUCCCAGACGAGGCUGGGUGAGUGGAGGUUCCUCUGCAGACCUGAGGCUUUGGAGACCAAAGAGUGCCGCACAGUGCCCUCAGGGGCCAGCCAGCCCAGGCGGAGCCGGGUCCACGGGCACUUCUCACCACUUCCUCUGGACUGGGUUUUCCAGUACCUCGCAGACAAGACCCGUUCCCGUGUAAAUAUCUGUAAUAAACGGACUGAUCAAAUGA